AUGUACCGAAUUCUCAUCCUGAAUCUUGUGAUGAUUCUCGCCUCUCUGUCCAUAGUUUCUUCUAUGGUGGGAGCUUCUCUGACAAUUUUCACACCACUCGAACUUGUUUACAAUCAAUACAUGGUUCAAAACGUUCUUGCAAAUCCCAACUUUACACUCACACAAAGUAUUCCGAAUGCAAGUCCUUUUCAGAAUUGGGCUAUGGUCUAUUCUGGUUCCAAUGUUCAAGAAGUGACUUUGGGUGGAGUGCUGAGUGGAAAUGCUGUGAAAUUUGUCGGAGUUAAUAAUGGACUCUCCCAAACAGUGACUUUGAAUCAAUCCACAAGGAAAGUGGUGUUUUUUUCAGCAUGGAGUAAGGCAGAGGGAGUUACUGGAAAUAAGGAUUCUGAUUAUUCAUUUUACAUUGAUGUGAGAUAUCAAGAUGGUACUUCUUUAUAUGGACAGAAUUUGGCAUUUGACGUUGGCACGACGAAUUGGACUUACAAGUAUGGUUUUAUCAUUCCCGAGAAGCCAGUCAAGAGUAUGAAUGCUGUUUUAUUGUUUAGAAAUGGACAUACUGGAACUGCCUAUUUCUCUAAUUUGGUUAUUUCUGAAUUGAAUAUUGGAGCUGAUCAGGUUCAAAACUUUGAUCGAGUGGUGAUGGCAAAAUUUCCCAAUUCAGUUGCCUUGGGCGCUAUUCAUACAUUGAGCACUUCGGAUAACCUCUCAUUGAGAUUUGACAAGUCCACUGGUAUGAUUGCUGGUGUCACCAUUGACAGUCAAACGGUGGCAUCUGACAGCAAUCAAAUUUAUGGAGGUGUUUUUAUCAAGGACAUGCAAUUGAAAUCUAACGAAUCCAAUGUAUAUAUGCCCUCUCCAAGUAAGGUUAUUACCACUGCUAAUACCUUCAGAACAGAGUCCUAUCUUUCUGAAUUAGAUCUUUCCAUCAAUACAACCUUUAAGGCAGAUGUUGACAUUUCAAAAACAAUUUCCAUUCGAGUAGAUGUUGAAAGCAAGAGAAAUUCUAUGAAUAGAGCUCUCUCGGUCUAUAUUGCAAUUCCUGUGAGUAAUAUGAAUUUGGAUUGGGUAUGGGGAGAUUAUCUUCGAUCUUCGAGAGGAAUUGUUGAUUUUUAUCCAAAAGAGUUUAAUCGAAUGUCACAAAGAAUAUCGACCAAUCAGUAUACUUCAUCCACUCCAUUUUGGGGAAUGUCAACAAAUUUGACAAGCAACAAUGUUGGAUUGGGAUUAGGAAUUCCAUUAGAUUCUCCAAGAGUUGUUCGAUUUUCAUACAAUGCUGUUUGUAAACUAUUCUAUGCCGUCAUUGAUUUAGGUAUUUCACAACUGCCAUCUGCCAUUACAAAUAAGGCUUGGAUUGAUUUAGUUCUCUACAAACUCGAUAAGACUGAGACCACCAUUGGAAAUGUCAAAACACCUCUUCCAUAUCCAGCAAGAAGUGCAGCAUAUGGAUACUAUUCGAGAUUCCCUCAAUUCUAUCAACGAAGAAUUUCUCCAGAAUCGGAAGGUCUUUGGGUUGCUUUCAGUGACAUUACUCCCAUUCCAAAUAUCACAGAUUUUGGAAUCUCUGUUCAUGAAAUAGCUUAUGGAAGUUCUCCACGACAUGCCAAUUUUGGAAAACAAAAAGGAAUCAAAGUAUUUCGAUAUUUAACAGAACCUUUCUCUUCAUGGGUCUCGCUGAACUCGACUUCGCUAGAUCCCAAUAAUUACACACAAGUCAUUGAUUAUUUGAAAGCACAAGCAGCAAAUCCAAAUUCACCUAUUAAAACACAAGCUCAAUAUACACUAGUGUCUGGAAUUAAGGAUCCUGAUACUGGCUUGUAUCGAUACACGAGUGAGAAUAAGCCAUGGUGUCCUGUCAAGUGUGCCUUAUUCGAUUUAACUCCGUUGCCAAAUGUCAAACCAGAUGACUCUCUUCCAAGUAAUUACAUCAGUAAGGCAGAUAAUUCUUGGAAUUCAAAUGUCAUGAGCGAUCAUACCAAUCCAUUAAGCUCCAAUUUCAAUCUAAGCGGUGAAUAUUUAGAUUCAUUCCCAGCCAAUGCCUAUCUCCUCGAUUACACUCCUGAUCAUGUGAAAGCUGUUUUACAACCAAUUUUAUCAUUUGACGCCACUCGACCACAAUUAGUAGGAGUGGUUCAAAUUUUUGCAACGUAUUACUUUUCUAAAAACAUUGGAGAUUUCUUACAUUCGAUUGGAAGAUACUUUAUGACGAAUGGGGCUUCUUCGUUGGGAGUUUCUUGGGGAAGUGAUUUAUUUGAUUACACAGGACAAGAAAUGAAAUGGGUUUCUGGAGGAAAGUUUGUACCAUAUGUGGAUGAAACAUUGUGUUUUUCAAGAUCGAAUUUUAAUCAGAAACCAUAUGGAUAUUUAAUGAAUAUUGAUUAUACCUUGUUGACAAGAGACAUUAUGGAACAAUAUAUGCAAUACGUGACAUUUUAUGGAAUUUAUCCAAGUGCAUUCUCAGGAGAUGCUAGUUCUAAUCCAUUUUGGUCUAUUCCAGCUGCGUAUGAACCCAAUCGAGAUUUAUUUAUGAAAUAUGUGCCACUUAUUAAGAAAUUGAAUCGAAAUGGAUGGCAAGUCCUGACAGGUGUCAAGGGAUUUGUGAAUGGUGUUGAAAAUGACGUGGUUCAACUUUCACCAACUCUCAUAGCUCCUCCAAAAGUAUUAUUUGAAAGAUUUUCAGUACUUUCACUCUCUCAAGAAGUUUAUAUCACUGUCAUGAUUACUCAACCCGUAUAUCAUUCAAGAAUUACAUUGUUACUUGAUUUGGAUAUGGUUUCAAAUGGACAACUCAAAGCCAGUGAUAUUAAUUGUAAUUCCAUUAGUGCAUACUCACUCAUGACCAAACAAAACUUGACCAUUGUGAAAGACGGUUCCAACAAUAAUUGUACCUAUUUUGGUGUUGAAUUUAUGGCCAUUCCAUACAAUUCGACUUGGAAUCAAUAUACAGAAGUCAUUGCAUUGAGUGUCACGGGUAAACAACAACCACUUCCUUCACCCAUUCCUUCAAAACCAAUGGGUAGUAGCAAGCCUAAUAAUUCUACGAAUCGACCUGAUCGAUCGAGAGCUUUGAGUGAGAGUUCCAAAUUUGGAGGAGUUUGGAGUGGAUGGAUUUUAGUAUGCAUAAGUGUAGUGAUCAUGGCUGUCAUUGGUGUUUGA